AUGAUAGAAAUAACUACAUCAGAGCAUGACAAUAUUGACAGAGAUACCAAAAUGUACUCAGACUUGUGUAUUCCUCCAAAUCAAUAUAUCUCUAUUCCUGUUCAAGUAACACUACCCAACAAUAAUACCUUGUCAACUAAUUUUGCUUUAUCCGAUACAAUUUUGGAUGUAAAACGUUUCAUUUUACCAGCCUUACAUCCAAAAAUAAAAAAUAUUCAACAAAUUAAAUGUGUUAUGCAUGAUGGACAUAAAGUAUAUGAAACAAACGACUAUACAGUACUAAAACAAAAAUGGAAUAAUUGUCCCAUUCAAAUAUCAGUAAGUAUCAAACAUCAUAAAGACAUUGAAAAGAUGUACGAGGAACCCAAAGCUUCAGCACAGCCUAAGAUACAUCCAGAGUAUGGAAAUGUACUCGACACUAAUGCCACAAUGCCAAAACAUACAACAGGAUACAGAAAUAAGAAUACGGGUAGGCUGUAUAGAAAUACAAUAGUACAAACAGUAUAUGAAGAUAUUGAUUUUAACAGUCAGUACAACGAGAACACAAUUUCAAUAUCAAUUCAAACUAUUCAAACUAAAGACGGAAAUACUGAAUCUGUUGUUGAAUGUGGUACUCAGACUGAAUCAAUGGAUAUUCUUCGAUCGUUAAAUGUUAUAAGAGAAAUAACUCCUUGUCCUGUUAUACUUCCCGAUGCAAACAGAAUAAAUAAACUUGAUAAAUAUGCUCGUAUAAUACAAAAGUCUGUGCGAUUGUGGAUGACAAGGAUGAAAAUAAACCACAUUUUGGAAUACUAUUACUACAAAAAGCAACUAACGUGUGAUGAAGAGAAAAACUUAAAAAAUAUUAUCAGGUUUGAGCAGUCGCAAAAUAAAUUAAAUCUACAGUAUCCCACUAAGACUAAGGAUUUUGAAGCUCUUUAUUCUGCAAUUCAUGAUCAUUAUAAAAACAUUAAAAGUAAUGUAAAAAAUAAAUCACCAAAAUGUGUAAUUAGAGAAAAUAAAGAACACUUAAAAAAAGAAUUGGAAUGCUUUAAAGAAAUAACCAAACAAAGGAAUGAAGUUAAUGAAAUAGCAAAAGAUAAAAAAAUAUUUGGACAACUAUAUAAAAUAUCUAAGCCAAUUAUCAUGACAAGAAGCAAUGGUGAAACAAUUUCCAUCAAAACUCCAGAAACGUAUCAAGCCAAACAACUGAUGGAACUCUACAUAGGCCUAAAAAGAAAUGAUCUGAAUAAAGAUGAAAGAACUAAAUUGCUUUUAAAGUUGCAAGAAACUUUAGAGCCCUUAAAAGAAAUAGAUUUAACAAAACAGAUUAUUAAUUUGUUGAAGAGAGAGUUGACUAUGUUGAAUGUUAUUCAAAUUGAAGACAAAAAUUUAAAAAUUUUGAGGAAACGUAUUGAAAUAUCUUUUCAACGGAUUCUUAAACAACCAGAAAUAAAUCCAGCAAUCACAUCAAAAAUGUCAAAACCUAUAAACUUCAUUAAAUGCUAUAACUGUAGGAAGUUAAAAACUUUAAAUAGAUUUGUUAUGAAAUUAAAUUUAACAAAAGCAGCAACAUGUAAAGAUUGUAAUCAUUUGUAUAGAAUUACAAUAGACCAAAUUGUUUUAACACCCCAUGAAAACAUAUUGACAAAUAUUAAAACAACUGAGGCACAACUGUGCACAAAAACUUGUUUAGCAUUUUUCUUAAAUGCAGAAGAUAUAUAUUACCUUGUCACCAUCAUAUGGAAAGGAAAAUCAGCUAUUAGCGACUGCAACGAUAUAAUACAAUUGAGGUUAGUGAGAUGGAAUAAAGAACUAGAAUGGUCCCCUUCAAAUACAAUAUUAUUGAGUAUCGAGGAGGCUUAUUUUCAUUCCAAGAUUCGCAACAUAAAUAAAAUGUAUUCAUCAACAUUUAUUGAUAACAUAAAUUUUAAACACAUAGUUGCAAAAAAAUAUUUCAAAGGUUUAAUAGAAAAAGCAGAGGAAUGUGAUCGUAAUAUAAAGAGAAAUAAGAGAAACAAUUAA